AUGACUGUUGCCCAUGCUGAGGUGUGUGUUUGGAAUGAUCCAUGGCAGCAAGAUUUUCGGGUCUAUGGAGGACGGGUGUGUAACACACUCAUGGAAGGUCCUUGGGCAGACAGAACUCCUCUCCAUGUUGCAGCUUUGCAGGGCCGACUACUCCCACUUAAGAAGCUCCUAUCUCAUGGGAUGCGUGCUGAUGUGGUCACGCUGGAUGGCAUCAAUCCAUUACAUGAGGCCUGUCUAGGGGGCCAUUUUGCCUGCGCUAAACUGCUGCUGGAACAUGGGGCUGAUGCUAGUGCCGUGUCUGUUGAUGGAAUCACACCUCUCUUCAAUGCAUGCUUCAGUGGUAACACUGCCCUUCUCCAACUCCUCCUAAAGCAUUGCUCUGUCCAUCACCCAGCUCACCUGCGUAAUUCACCUAUCCAUAUUGCUGCAAAGCAAGGUCACACAGCUUGUGUGGAGUUGCUAUUUUCUUAUGGGCUGGAUGCUGAUAUGGAGUUGGAUGCAGUAGGCACACCACUUUAUUGUGCGUGUGAAACCAAGAGCACGGAGUGUGUACAGAGGCUUCUGAUCUUGGGUGCUAAUGUGCAGUGUGGGCAUGGCCUUGAUACACCACUGCACGCUGCAGUUCGAGUGGGUGGAGCCAAGGAGGUGGCACUGUUGCUUGAACAUGGGGCUGAUGGGAAAUGUAGAAAUUCAGAAGGCAAGACACCUCUGGACCUGGCUACAGAUAAGCACAUCCAGCAUCUACUGCUGACAGCAGGUCCACAGUCUCUGUCACAGUUGAGCCGGUUGUGCAUUCGUCGUUCUUUGGGCCAAAAAAGACUGAACAGAGCCAAAGUUCUCCAAAUACCACACAUUCUACAGGCUUAUAUUCUGUAUCAAUAA